CCUAAAAAGAAACAACAAUACUGAGAUCACUAAUUUUGCCAAUAUUUGAACUCCACCCAUUGGCCAUCAUAGCUCACUUCUUGUGAGCCAGACUAGGUGUAUACAAUUUCAGUAAAUAAUAUUAAUAUCCAUACGAAGGUAUUUUAGUCAAUGCAUGUGUUACACUUUGGUCAUAGAUAUACAUACCGGAUUCUAUUCUCUACACAUUUCGAUUAAUCCAAAUUCAUCAACCAACCAAUUUAUCCCAAAUAGUGAAAAAUGAAUAUCGGGCAAAACGAUACCAAUCGAUGGGAUUUUUCCCCACAAUUUCAACAACCAUCAUACAGACUUCACGACAGGUUUAUCCGAUUGAAAAGAACAUAUUGGAACAGACAAUAUGCAAUCAUUUUGCUCGCGUAUACAGGUUUAACAAUUGUGUUGAAUCAAUUCACUUUUCAUUAUAUGUUUUUUGAGUUUUUGUCAGAUCAAAAUAAAUUUCAGAUUAACUCUUCCUACGAUGAUUACAUACGUUACUACAUAUAUGGAUACAUUAUGUGUUUUAUACCUGGUGGAGUUUUAUCCACCAUUUAUCCAGCUCACAAUAUUUUAGGAAUCUCUGUCACCAUAUCAUCGAUUCUCUAUUUAAUUAUAGUCAUGAGUAUACGUUACAUAGAUGCUCACACUCACUGUUUCUUACAAUUUUUCAUGGGAAUGAUAUCGGCCGUAGCGUAUUCAGCAAUUUUCAGGGUUUGGACAUAUUGGAUUCCACUGAACACACAGUCAAUACGUCACGUCCCAAUAAUACUGUACGAAGUGACACACAAAGGCGGAUUUAUCUAUGAGAAUAUUAUUGCACUCCACCGUUCAUAUUCAUCUUAUACGUUAACGCUAUCUAUUGGAGUGAUCGGUUUAGCGUGGUACGUUUUAUGGUUUUACGUGAUCAAUGACAAUCAAUUUCGGAGGCUGAACUGCGAUAUUAUUUUAUUUGGAGGUUCAAACAACUCACGAUAUCCUUUGGAAAAAUCUGAAGUGUCGUUCACCCGUUCAAUCGUAUCGGGCAUACCAUGGAAAUCGUUAUUUACUUCGGUGCCUGUCCUUAUAAUAGUUUUAUUAUACAUCUGUAUUGAUCGAAUAUUUUAUAAAAGAGUUGAAAGUGAUUUCUAUAUUGAUGAAAUGCUUGAACGACAAACUAGAACAUUUACGAUCGUUAUAUUGAUUCUCAUCGUCAUCCUGGUCGAAUUAGCUCCAGAAAUCACUAUAUCCACAUCCACUACCAACAUUAGAAAAUUUUGGAGUUGCUUAUACCUAGGUUCUAUGAGCAUAUAUUUUAUUCUGGAAGCCAUUAUCGGCAACACGUUAAAAAACAAUACAUUUUACCAUUUUAUUCUUCUAGAAGUAGAACAUUUUCGUUUUUUUGGGUACCAAUUAAACUAUUUAGAUAUUGCGCCAAAUUAUGCUAGCUUAAUUUAUAGUUCUCUGAUGACGAUUGCAUAUACUUCCAAUAAAUUGUUUGAAACAGUUUUAAAUAAAAUAUUCAAUUUUGGGAUACUUAACGAUACCGAAACUCAUAUCUUAAUGGCGGUGUUAUGCUUAACGAUGGGAACGUUAUAUGCUGUUUUCGGUUCUGCGGAAAUACAACCCUGGUCAGCGGACAAACCAGUAGAAGAAAUUCAACAAAAUCUAGUCGAAAAUGAAAAUCUGCCGUCCGUGUAAAAGGUUAAUUUAAUACAUUUACUUUUAUACACAAUACACAUUACAUUUAAAUACUAAAUGUACAUUAUAUAGAUAAUAAAAUUAAUUAUAAUGAGUAUUUUUAUUGUUAUUCGAUUCUGAACGAAGUGAUGAAUGUAUUGAUUUUACAAUGAUGUGUGUUUUUUUUUUUGUUUGUUUGUUUUUGUGUCUGUGUACAGCAUAACUAGUCGAAAUAAUACCUCAAUUUCAAACUUUGGGGGUGGUUUCCGAUGGAAAAGUGAAUAUCCUUGGUGCAUUAUACAGAUCAAAAGUAAACAUUUUCCAACAGUUUUCAAAAAAAUCGAGAAAAACAAAAAAACGGAAAAACGAGAAUUUUUACGCAAAACCAGUUUUCGACUAAAUCGAUUUUUUUAUAUAGUUGUAAUUCAAAAACUAAUCACUGUAAAUACUUGAAAUUUUCACCAAAUGUUAAUGUCAGUGUUAUCUAUAUACAGUUAAAUUUUCAAAAAUUUUCGAUUUUUUUGAGUUUUAUAGGCCACUCAAAUUUUCGAUUUUUAUGAGUAUUUUUUUUUGAAGUGUCGAUAAAAAAAUGUUGGAUGACUAAAAAAACUUGAAAAUUUAAUACAAGAUUCCUUAUGAGUUGUUAUUAUCAUAGCUAAAAAAAAUAAAAAUCGUUAGUCACAAUUUUUUUAUAAACGUUUAUAGUUCAAAUUUUUACAAAAUCUGUCGAAAACGCGAAAAUUUGCAAGUAAUUUUGAAGUUGUAAAAUCAUAAAAAUUUUUGUGUUCAUAACUAAAGAUUAAAAAUACAACACUAGGUUUCACAUAAGUUUUCCUUCAAGUAUCUAUAGAGAAAAAUCGAAGAAUCAUUAUAGGAAAAAUUAAAGUGCGUUUAAAUUUUCAAUUUUAAGAAAUAUCAUAACGAUAUCGAUUUAUCCUCAACGAUUUUAAAAAUUUGUUAUUAUUCAAAAAAUAUAAGUCGUAAAUACUUGAAAAUUUCACCAGUUAUUUAGAUUGGCAUUUUCUUUACAUGAUUUAAUUUUCAAAAUAUUUUGACUUUUUUUUAGCUAUUUAUAGACAACUAAAAUUUUCAAUUUUUCUGAAAAAUUUUUUUUGAAGUGUCGAUAAAAAUUUUUUGGCCCAAUAAAAACACUUGAAAAUUUAAUACAAAGUUUCUCAUAAGUUACUCAUAUAAUGAUUUAAAAAUUAUAAGAAUACAUAGGUACAAUUUUUUUUUAUUAGCAUUUGAAAUUCAAAUAUUGACAUAAAUUCGUUAAAAUCAUGAAUAUUUGCAAACUAUUGUGUAGGUAUAAUUCAUAAAAAAUUUUGCAUAAGUAGCUAAGAGUUGAAAAUUUAAUAUAAGAUUUUUUAUAAGUUUAGCUUACAAUAAUUAUUAUAAAAGAACUUAAAUUUUGGUGUAUUCAAGCCAUUAAAACAUAUACCACCUUUUUCACCAACCACAAAUUAUAUCCUUGGCUGACAAAUCAUCUUCGUUCAGAAUCGUUUUUCGUAUACAAUGAUAACUAUCAUUGGAUUCAAAAUUAACACUCCUAUAAUAUAUAAUAGUAAUCCACACGGUACCUAAUGUACAGCAGAGCGGUACCCACUAACCUGCUUUUUUUGUUAUUUAUUAUUAUCUGUAUUAUGUUAAACGGUUAAUGUUAUCAGUAAUAACCACGGUCGCAAAUAUUGGAGUUAAAAUAUUUUUAUUAUGAAUAAUAUAGUUGUUAAAUAUAAUAAAAAACUACAUUUUAUAUUCUUAUAUACUAUUAUAGUAUUAUAAUAUUUAUUUCUUUAUGUGAAGACAAAUUCUGUCGGAGUUUUUUAUAUCUUCAAUCAUAAUCAUAUAUUUUGGUUGACGAUAACUACCUCACUUAAUUUAUCUAACAGAACUGUCCACAUUGCGUCCUGUUUAUCCCCGAAAUAUGGUACAGAACUUUCUAUAAAUACAUUAAUAUCAAUAUUAUUGUUAAUGUUAUAUUUUCCUUUAACUUACAUUGGACAACAAGUUAUUGAUUAUCGUGUUCAUGGCGCUAGUAACAUACGAACAUAUUCUAAGUUUCUACCGAAUUUAUGUAAACCUUAUUAUUAUCAAAAAUUAAUUUUAUCUGAAAUUCUCCAUCUACUAAUAUAUUAAUUUUAUUAUAUAUUUUAAAGAUAAUUUCAACAUAUCAGAAUAAUUUUAAUAAG